UCCAGUUGUGCGUUUUUUUUUUGUUUGGAUUGGUGACUCGGAUUUACGUAUACUCUGGGCCCGUGUCUUCGCACCACUCGGACACUACGUGAACCACCACUGAAAGUCCACCGUCGUUCCUUUCAACGGCGCCUGACAACGCAGAGAAAGCACGCGUGGAUAACGUUGUUCUUGGUAUCCAUUGCCACCGAUGCAGCGCUCGGAAAAGUAUUAGCGCAGUGAACUGCGCAGACACCGCGGUUAUCUGCCUCACUGAAGAACAGUGCUCCAGGCCGCUUAAUCCGUCUGCGAGCUACGUUCACGACGUUUCCAGGGCGCGGAAAGAUACUGCUGAGGCGUUUGAUCGGCUGCUCGUGAUCGGCUAGUGUGUGCUGUUUUUUUAUUUUUUUUUGUCGAUAUCCGGCUCUGACGAUAUCGUCCGGCCAUUAAGGAAGUGCGGAAUAAUUAUGGCUUCCGGGAGGACUCGGCUUCUGUGCCCCAGGAUGCGCCACGCCGCUUCGGUGGCCUGCAAGGGCGGCCGCGAGCCCCAGCAGCGGAGGUGCGUGUGGUCUUCGUCGCAGCGAUCAGCGGUGCCUAGCUCGCUGCGGCUCAACCACGCUAUCCAGCGCGCCGAGAAGCUGACGGGCCACAACACGAGCCGUUUCUCGGAGAAGCUGAUGAACAUGGGUGAGCUGCACACGUUCCUGGGCACCGUGGCCAAGAUGAUGGGAAGCCAGCAUCCCAUCGUGGAUUCCGUCAAGCAGCUGCUGUUCCAGCAGAGCACCAACAUCCAGACGCGGGGUCUUCUCGUCUCGCUGUUUAUCAAGGCGUGCGGCGUGGCCGAGCGCCAGGCCGAUCCCCUGGAAGUGGUGCUUCGCCGCCAGCAGCUGGUUGUCAACGCCACCGAGGAGUUCCACGCGGCGCAGACCAUCCACGCGUCGGCGCUCAAUGUGGCCGCGGCCGAGAGGGACCGACUGGACCCGCUCGUGCUGGACGACGUCCAGACGGGCAACAAGAUGACCGUACUCGCCGGGGACUUCUUCUUCGCCAAGGCCUUCCAGACCACCACGGACAUUGGCAUUCCCGUGAUGCUGGACGUGUUCGGUAAGGCGGUCGAGGACUACGUGCGGUCGUACUUCGAGAGCGACCUGAAAGAGGCACCCUUCGUAGACGCCAUGUGGUGGGAAAGCAAGACCCACCUGAAGACCGCCAGCCUGCUCGCUUCCGCCUACAGGGCAGCAGCCAUGGUCGCCGGUCACCAGAAGGAACUCCAGGAACAGGUCUACCGGCUCGGCAAACAUAUCGCCCUUGCCCUUCAGACCUACCAUGAAACCAGGCAGUUCUUGGACACACCACACUCAACGGGCCUCGACUACGAUGUUACUAGUCUUCCAAUAGUUUUACACAUGGAAACGCAUCCACAUGUGCUGUCCCACCUCAAGGAGUCCGGAAUGAAGAAUCUUCAGUUCUCACAGCUCCAGUCCGAAGUGCUGUCGGGCGACGCGCUGGAACGGGCGCAGGUCAUGCUGGGAUACUACAUCCAAGAGGCCCGGCUGCUGGCCAGGGAUCUCGGGUCUUCGGACGCUGCCGACUCACUCGUGACCAUCGUCAGCAGUCUCAAGGACCUGUGAAGACCCUCGCCUUGGAGCCAUAGCAUGGCCCCGACCUAUUUGAUUUUUCUCGAUUUUUUUUUUUCAUUUCACAAGUGCAGUGCAAAGAAAC